UUCUAGCUAACUAAUGCGUCGCAAUGGAAAAAUGAAUAACUUGCCGGUGAUUUCAUAUGUACAAACAAAUAUACACACAUAGAAACAUAGGGCUGUAGCAACACGAAGGAGCAGUCAUGGCAACCGUUGUCUGUUGUGGCCAGCGGCUUGUUGGGCCAACAACGGCAAGUGGAAAGGAUACCAAAAAGCAAAUAUAAAAGAUGACGCUCUAUUUUGAUACAAAAAUCGAGUUCCUGGACUCGGAUGCAGUAAGCACCAUCAGUAGCUGGCAUCCCAAUGAGCCGCUCUUCGCGGUUGCCUCGUACAGCCAGGAGCGUGGAGGCAGUGUAACCAUAUUUGCAGAUACUGGUGAACCACAAAGGGAUGUCACUUAUCCAGUCCACGCCACCUCACAAGCAACUGCUAUGUGCUGGCAUCCGGAGAAGGCGUUGCUGGCCACCGGCUGGGAGCAUGGUGACAUACACGUCUGGUUUGCCGGUCAUCGAGAAUUCGCCAGCGUCAGUGGGCCACACAAGGCGGCCAUUGUGUUGCUGGAAUUCAGCGAGCAGGGCGGUCGCAUGGUAACUGCGGAUGCAAUGGGCCUAGUCACAGGCUGGCGUUGCGAUGGCCAAUAUCAAUUCCUCACCAUGUUCUCGCACGACCUACGCGAGGUCCUGCUUUUGAUCUGCUUCCGCCGCACGGUUGAGAGCGAGGUGCGCGAGGAGAUGGCGAGUCUAGCCAAGGCAGCUGUAGCAGGCGAUGAGAAUGCGCUGGACACGCUCACCAAUUGGCGACCACGCACAGCUGCGCGUGGACACUCGGGCGUGCGGGACAAUCACUGCUUCUAUGCGUGCACGCAGGGUGGCGUGGCCUACUACAUCAAUCAAGGCGGGAGCUGCAGCGAAGUGCUGAAGGGCGGACAGCAUCAGCCAUGCAUCAUGCAAAUGCUCUGGCAUCCCAAGAAGGAUGCAGUCAUUUGCCUGCUGGAUGACUUGACCAUCAUGCUAUACCUGGUCGAGUCCACGGGCAUAUUGACGGAGCUGGAUCGCGUAAAGCUGAGUGGUCGGGGCACGGGCAAGCAUGGGGCCAUCGCUUGGGCGGGCAACAGCUUGGCCAUAAUCACGGGCGAUUUAUCCGUGCGCAUCUGGGACAUUGAGCGCAGUGAUAAUUACCUACUUAAAAUGGAUCUACCCAGCUCCAGUGUGCAGAGCGUUGGAUCAUCGCUGCCUAGCUUAAACAACGGACUGACGGCCACCUCCUCCUCAAACAACAAUGCGUUCUUCAGUCAUGAGAACAGCGUGGAGAGCAACAGCAAUAAUAAUCUGCCACGCAAAAUGUCCAAGUAUGCGCAGCUAAACUCCAAUGAGAUCUUCACGUGCCUCGCUUACAGCAACACCAAUCAGACCCUCUGCGCGGCAACCAAUCUGGGAAAUCUGUAUACUUGGAAGCGCACAGUUAGCUGCUUUGUGAGCGCCCCAGAGGAUGCUUGGCAAAUGGGCAGUAUUUCCUCGCUGUCCCGUCAAGGUGCCAUCAAGAGCUGCAUCUGGGGCUACAAUGAGCUGGCCAAGCCGUGCAUCCUAGUCAACUGCUUAUCGAGUGUCUUCAUGCUCAAGGAGCAACCUCUGCUGGCCUGCCAUACGCGCAGCCUGUGGGCAGUGCAGAACUCGGCGAAGUGUAUCCAGUUGACGCACUACAGCGGACGCCAAUGUACGGUCGAGGUGGACUUUGCGGUAACUGCGCUGGCUCUGAAUGAGCUCAGCUUGGUCGUGAGCAAUGGACGCUCCAUAUCCUCUUACAGUCUGCAGAAAAUUGAGAAGAGCCUGGAUGAAUUCGAUGAGAUUUUGGAAGCAUCCGGUGCGGCUUCUACGGCAUCAGUGAAGAGCUCGCCGGCAUUGAAUGUGAGAUUGAUGCAAACCUUUGUCGCCGAGUGUCUGAACUUGUGUCUGCACAACCAAAACAUCUUUUGCCUCAGCUCCAGCGAUAUAGUUGUCUAUUCCGUGGGAGGCGUCGUGCUCCACCGAAUACUAGGCAACGAUAUAGAGGGAAAAAUCAUUGGCAUGGAUCUGACGGGCUGCUACCUGUCCGUAUUCACGAUGAAUGGCUAUGUCAAGGCAUACGAUGUAACCCGGCAUGACCCGAAGCUGUUGUUUCCUAGCAAGUCGGGACACGAGAUCUUCGAUGACUUCGGCGAGUUCAUCUUGGUCAAAUGUAACAGCUUGGGCAGUCACCUGGCCCUAGUGAUUGCCAACAGCAGCUUUACUCCCUGCGCUGCCAUCUACUGCUGGGACUUUGAGCGCAAUAAUCUCUUCGAGCACGAUCUGGUCAAGCUUGAGUCAGAUGCCAGCAGCAAGUCUAGUCUUGCCGUGCGACUCUUCUGGGACACGGAAGAGCCUCGCCUGCUGGCUGUCGAGAUCAAGUCGAUGGUGAUGCAAGCCCAAAAGCCCAGCCGGCAGCAGCCAACGCCCAGCCACUAUGUGGAGUCACAGGUGCUGGUCAUGUUCUACUCGGAGAAGAACGAAUGCAAGCUGAAUGUGCUCGAAACGCAGGCGAUGAGUGCUGGCGCUCAGCUGCUUAAUCUGUGCGUGCCCAGCGUAGUCUUUCUCCAGGUGAAUGCAGUGCAGGAGCAGCCGUUGAAGGAUUUCGUCGACUUGCAGCAUUGCGAUGCCAACACCCGGAGGCAGGUGCUCAACUUUAGUUUGCACGUGGCCGAGGGUCAAAUGGAUUUGGCCUUUCGAUGCGUACGCUCCAUACAGUCCAAGGUCAUCUGGACUAAUUUGGCUAAGAUGUGCGUGCACACAAAUCGUCUGGACGUGGCCAAGGUGUGCAUGGGUCACUUGGAGCAGGCCCGGUCUGUGCGCGCCUUGCGCCAGGCCAUGGAGGACGAUGAUCUCGAGCUGGAGGCUAAAGUAGCCGUCCUGGCCAUUGAGCUGGGCAUGAUCGAAGAGGCUAAGGAACUAUACAAACGCUGCAAGCGUUACGAUCUGCUCAACAAGCUGCUGCAGUCUACUGGCCAGCUGGAUGAGGCGCUUCAAGUGGCCGAGGUGGAGGAUCGCAUACAUCUAAAGCAUACGUAUUACCAGAAGGCUCAGGCUCUACGCGAACGAGGCGACAUCAAGGGCGCCUUGGAGUACUACGAAAAGACUCAGAAUCCUGUGCAGAAUAUAACGCAGCUACUGCUGGAAAACCCCAUGGCCAUGCAGCGUUAUAUACAGACCACCACAGAUCCCAAGAUGCUCAGGUGGUGGGGCCAGUAUGUGGAGAGCUCUGGCGACAUGGAUGCCGCUUUGGCUGUCUACAGCAAGGCCGAGGAUUGGUUCUCGCAGGUGAAGAUACUCUGCUAUCUGGGCAAGAUCUCUAAGGCGGAUGCUAUUGCCAGGCAGUCGGGUGAUCGUGCCGCUUGCUAUCAUCUGGGCAGGCACUACGAGAAUGUGGGUAAAUUCCAGGAAGCCAUCAUGUUUUAUACUCGGGCACAGACCUUCAGCAAUGCCAUACGCAUCUGCAAGGAGAACGACUUCCAGGAGGAGCUGUGGACGGUGGCCAGUUCAUCGCGCAGCAGAGACAAGGCCAUCGCAGCGGCCUACUUUGAGGAGUGCGGAAAUUUCAAGUAUGCCGUUGAGCUCUACCAUCGAGCGGGCAUGCUCCACAAGGCGCUGGAAAUGGCGUUCGAGUCGCAGCAGCCGGAGAUUUUGGAGAUUAUAGCCACAGAGCUGAGCGCCGAAUCGGAUGCAGAGUUGAUCAAUCGCUGUGCGGACUUCUUCGCCAGCAUCGAGCAAUACCAGAAGGCGGUACAAUUGCUGGCCAAGACAAAGCAUCUGGAGCGUGCCUUGAACAUUUGCGUAGAGAAGGGUGUUCCGGUCACAGAGGAGCUGGCGGAUAUGCUGACUCCCGGCAAAGGUGACUUUGACGAGGAGACACGCACCGGCAUCCUUAUAAAGCUGGGCGAGCUGCUGCAGCAGCAGGGAGACUAUCACAGCGCCACCAAGAAGUUCACACAGGCCGGCGACAAGGUGCGCGCCAUGAAAUCCCUGCUCAAGUCCGGCAACACCGACAAGAUCAUCUUCUUUGCGACCAUGUCACGCCAGCGGGAAAUCUACAUCAUGGCCGCCAACUAUCUGCAGGCUCUCGACUGGCAGAGCGAUGGCAACAUCCUGAAGCACAUCAUAAGCUUCUAUGGCAAGGCGCAGGCAUACGAUUCGCUGGCCAAUUUCUAUGCCAUAUGCGCACAGAUCGAGAUCGAGGAGUAUCAGGACUAUGAAAAAGCGCUGACAGCCAUGCAGGAGGCAUCCAAGUGUCUGGAGAAGCUUAGCCAUGCCCAGCACGCCUACAACAAUCUUCAGCGCACUAUUGCAGACGUCAAGACCAUUCUGGAGAUGCAGCAGGCGCUGCGUGCAGGCGACAAUCAAUCCGUAAUUGGAGCAUGUCGCAGCAUGUUGAUCAAGCCCGAGCAACCGCCCAUCCGACACUCCCACAUAUUGGCGAUGCUGGUGCGCGCCUUGGUCUAUGCGAAACAGUAUCCCGAGGCUGGGCGAGCCCUUAAGGAAUUGGCCGUCAAGGACAGCUCGUGGAGCGCCUCUGGCUUGGUGGAUAGAGCCCUGGUGCAGCGAGUGGCCAAGGAAUGUGAUUUAGAUUUUGAGCUCAUCUGGAAUUCGGGUCGUCAAGUGACCGGCUCGACAACUGCAACGGCAGCCACCACGAUCUCAAUGACAACGACCAAUACGACGAGCACAAACAGCGAUGACGAGGCCGAUGACGAAGAAAUCAGAGAAGAGCUACACUGAA